UACACUUCAAACACAUUGGUUCCUUAAACCAUUUUAUAUUUUCCUUUGUUCUCUACUUCAUACACAAUGGACCUUGAAAAUUGCAAUUGUCUAUGCUCAAGAAACAACUGCAUUUGGUCAAGUUAUGAGAGAAUUGGCAAUGACCCUAUUGUUUGUGUCAAUGAAUUUAUGAGCAAAUUGAAGAUUACAAAGUUAAAAACUUUGUGGAAAAAGAUUAAGAGAGAAAAGAAGAUGAAAAUUUUUCGAUCAUCUUCACCGGUAUUUCUGUAUGAUCCUAGCUCUUACUUACAAAAUUUUGAUGAUGGUUAUUCGAAUGAUCCUGAUGAUUUUUCAAGGUCAUUCUCAGCUCGAUUUGCAGCACCACCUUCCAAGAUUUUUGUCAAGAAUAUUGAAGUGAUCAUUGAUGAUGAAGAAAUAUUGGAGAUAAAUGAUGAAAGAUAGCUAACAACAUGAUGUAAUUUUAUGUCUAAAUUUGUAAUCUUGACUUCUUGAGUUCCUUCACUUAGACUUAAAAAAUUCCUUUGUAAAUUAUAUAUAUAUUUAGUUGUACAAAGGUGUAGUGAUGUUAUCUUAUAAAUUUAUGUCCAAUGAUUUCAUCUAUCCUUUUACCUUCAUAUUUCAUAGAUAUGUUUUCCU